GGUUGACUUGCACCGUUUAACCUGGGGAUGCCCACGCAUCUCCGCCCGUCUCCAGUGCCAGUCGCCAGUCUAUCUUGGCCCGCUUCCCAAAAUGCACUCCUCCGUUCCUCCCCAAAUCCCCGGCCAGCUUGUCGACCGCCACGAGACGGAAGAGCUCCGAGGCGUCGUUGCAAACCUUCUCGAUCGCGAUACCCUGCGCUUUCCUGGCGCACAGCCAGUUUCCUUCGCUCGCGAGCACAUGGCCGAACUUCAGCGCGCUGAAUAUUUCAUGUGCGAAAAGACGGAUGGGAUCCGCUGUCUACUGUUCCUCUUCUACCGCGAGAAUGAACAAGGUUUCACACCCGCCACCUUCCUCAUCGACCGCAAGAACAACUAUUAUGAAGUGUUUCCCCCAUUGCGCUUUCCGCACCACCAGUUUCCACUUGAUGAGGACAAGUUUCUAUUUGGCACCAUUCUGGACGGCGAGUUAGUUCACGACCGCGUACCGGGACAGCCGAAACCCCGCCUCAUAUUUUACGUCUUCGAUUGUCUAGUCAUCGACAACCAGAACUAUACUGCCAAGCCAUUGGAUCGGAGAAUAGGGUACAUGAAGCAGAUAGUGUUUAAUCCGUACCAUGCUUGGCUACAACGACACCCGGCACACGUCGCCCAGGACCCCUUCCGCGUGAAAGAGAAGCAGGUCUAUCCCCCGUACCACGUCAAGAACAUGUUCGAUCACGUUCUUCCAAAUCUGCCGCAUGGGAACGAUGGCCUGGUAUUCACCUGUAAGAGCACGCGCUAUAUGUUCGGCACCGACAAGCAUAUUCUCAAAUGGAAGCCGCCACGGGAAAACACAAUCGACUUCAAGCUUCGACUGGGCAACUUCCCCACGUUCGACCCUGAAGAUGGAGAGGAUGGCUUGAUUCCGGAUUACGACGCCAUGCCGGAUCGCUUUCAACUCCUAGUACAGCACAAUCAAAACCAGUACCAGCCCUUCGGCCACGACCUCCUCGUCACCAAGGAAGAGUGGGAGAUCCUCAAAGGGCUACGCCAGCGCCUGGAUGGCCGCAUUAUUGAAUGCUACAGGGACGAUCAAGGUCGAUGGAGAUACAAGGCAGAAGACGACGGGACCCCCCGUUGGCGCGACGACAAGAAAGACGCAAACCACAUCAGCACCGUCAACAGCGUUCUAGAGAGCAUAGAAGACCCAGUCACAGAGCAAGACCUUAUUGCAGUCGCAGGUAGGGUCAGAGAAGCUGUGUAUCGGUUACGCGAGGCCGAAAAACAGAAGAUGCACGAGCAGAUUGAGCGGGAUCCGAAGAAGAGGAAGUUCAGUGACGUGAACGGCGGGGCCUGAGACGUCCCGCAUCAAUGGCUGGAAGUGACCAUUAGAUCUAGCUGGUUGGGUUUGGAUGUUUGGAUGAAAACUGGGUUUUCAGAUAUUCGGACCUGGCAUUGGAUUUCUAGGAGUACGGUUUUUGCCAGACAGGCGUAGGAAGGACGACUAUAUGAUACCCCUGCGUAAUUAAUUGUUAUUCUAUAUUAUCUUGGAACGUUUGUUAUGUCUAUCUAAAACU